UGAUCUUUUACCCUUAACAUAGUAAGAUUAUAUUUGUUUCUUACAACUAAAUCACAAUUUGACAUGUCGCAUAUAAACUUUUUUUUGUAUUUUUAACAAGUCAAUCUAAUACAUGUGUUAGUCUGCGAUUUACAGGUCUCAAAAACUUCAUAAGUUCCUAGUGUGAGUCUGAUAAGCAUGGCAAUUCAACACCCACUUGAGUCAGCUAGUAAUGGUUCCUGUGAUGAUGAUGGCCAUCCACUAAGAACUGGAACGCUGUGGAGUUGUGUGGCUCAUAUCAUCACUGCUGUGAUUGGAUCUGGUGUUUUGUCUUUGGCAUGGAGUACUGCUCACCUAGGGUGGAUUGGAGGCCCCGUUUCGUUGCUUUGUUUUGCAAUUGUCACCUACAUUUCUUCCUUCCUCGUUUCGGAUUGUUACCGGUCUCCUGAUCCUAUCACCGGAACUCGAAACAAAUCUUACAUGGAUGCUGUGAAAGUGAAUCUCAAUAGUAGAAAAAAGACCUGGUUUUGUGGUUUACUUCUGUAUUUCAGCAUGUUUGGAACUGGUAUUGCUUAUGUGAUUACCACUGCGACCAGUAUGAGAGCCAUUCAGAGAUCAAACUGCUACCACAAAGAAGGGCAUGAGGCUUCAUGUGAAUAUGGAACUAGUCUGUAUAUGCUGCUAUUUGGACUUGUCCAGAUUGUUGCGUCACAAAUACCAGAUUUCCACAACAUGGAAUGGCUUUCAGUUAUCGCAGCAAUCAUGUCCUUUGCCUACUCUUUCAUUGGACUUGGCCUCGGCUUUGCAAAAGUAAUAGAAAAUGGGAAGAUUCAAGGAAGCCUAACAGGAGUUCGAACAUCAAAUGUUGCUGAUAAAUUAUGGUUAUCCUUCCAAGCACUUGGAGACAUUGCUUUUGCCUAUCCAUACUCUAUUAUUGUUCUUGAAGUUCAGGAUACUUUGAAGUCCCCUCCACCAGAAAAUCAGACAAUGAAGAAGGCCUCAAUGAUUGCCAUAUUUGUCACAACCUUCUUCUACCUCUGCUGCGGAUGCUUUGGAUACGCCGCCUUUGGCGAUGACACCCCAGGGAAUCUCUUGACAGGAUUCGGAUUCUACGAACCCUACUGGCUCAUUGAUUUUGCCAAUGCUUGCAUUGUUCUUCAUUUGGUGGGAGGAUAUCAGGUCUACAGUCAACCAGUAUUUGCAGUUGCUGAAAGAUGGUCCACGAAGAAAUACCCGAGCAGUGGACUUGUGAACAACUUUUACACUAUUAAAGUCCCAUUGUUACCGAGAUUUCAAGUGAAUCCCUUCAGGCUGUGUUUCCGAACUGUUUACGUUGUGUCAACUACCGCAAUUGCGAUGAUAUUUCCUUACUUCAACCAGGUUUUGGGAGUUUUAGGGGCCUUGAACUUUUGGCCUUUGACCAUAUAUUUUCCUGUAGAAAUGUACUUUGUACAGAAGAAAAUUGGGGCUUGGACAAAAACAUGGGUUGUUCUGAGGACAUUUAGUUUAGCUUGCUUUCUUGUGACAGUUGUGGGUGUGAUUGGAUCAGUUGAAGGACUUAUAAGUGCCAAACUGAGCUAGGGAAGUACAAAGAAUAUUGUAAUAUCCUCCAUAAACAAAUGAAUAUAUAUAUAUAUAUAUAUA